UUCUUCUUUCCUAGGUUAUAAACGCAACUAAUUCAUGCACUGAAUGCAACUCGAUAAAAUUCAAUAUUUAACAGCAGUAAAAAAAAAAUUGUGUUUGUGCAAAGAAAUCCUAAUGGCUAUACACACAUCUAAGUACAGUGAUACCAUCAUGUUUUUAAGCAAUGAAAGGGACAGUUACCUUGGAAAACCACACAAGAGACUGCAGUUGGUUUUUAGAGCCAUAUAUUUUGUGGCUUUCUUGAACAAGAAAAGGAUUGAUAGAAACACACUUGUCCUUUCCCAGGUGUUGCACGAUCAGUCCCACAUUAUCGACAUCAAUGAUCAUGAGAAGCAACUUUUUCAUGGAAUAAACAAAGAAGCACUUGCCAAGUUGGUCAGAGAGAGAGACUUCAAUGGUCUCCUUCAAUUUGGAGGAGUGCAACAAGUCGUAGUAAUUCUUGGAUCAGACCUGAAAGAAGGCAUAACAAUGCAUGAGAAUGAACUCAAACAAAGGAAGGUAACUUUUGGUUCCAACAUUUAUGACAAGCCACCAGCCAAGAGUUUCUUGAGUUUUGUAGUUGAAGCGUUCAAAGACACCACCAUUAUCAUCCUUCUGGUAUGUGCUGUUUUGUCACUUGGCUUUGGGAUUAAACAGCACGGGCCUAAGGAAGGAUGGUAUGAUGGCGGAAGUAUCAUCGUUGCAGUUAUUCUUGUCCUUGCAGUCUCUUCUAUCAGUAACUUCAAACAAAGCAGACAGUUUCUGAAGCUUUCAGAUGAGAGCAAGGAUAUAAAAGUGGAAGUAGUGAGAGAUGGACGUAGACAGGAAGUAUCAAUCUUUGAUAUUGUUGUGGGUGAUGUUGUCUGUCUCAAAAUUGGCAAUAAGAUUCCAGCAGAUGGACUCUUCUUGGAUGGCCACUCGCUGCAAGUAGACGAGUCCAGCAUGACAGGUGAAAGUGACCACAUUCAAAUCAACGAGACACAAAACCCCUUUUUGGUCUGCGGAACAAAGGUAAUGGACGGAUAUGGACACAUGCUUGUCACAUCGGUAGGUGCAAACAAUGCAUGGGGUCAGAUGAUGUGCACAAUAACAAAUGACAAGAAUGAGCAAACACCACUGCAAAAUCGGUUAAAUAAACUUACCAAAUAUAUCGGGAAUGUUGGUCUGUUGGUGGCUUUUCUUGUUCUAGUCACCUUAAUGAUCCGUUACUUCACGGGACAUACUGAAAAUGACAGUGGACAGAAGGAGUUUGUAGGUAGCAAAACCAAAGCAGAUGAUAUAAUGAAUUCCUUGAUUCGUAUAAUUGCGGCAGCAGUAACCAUCAUAGUGGUUGCAAUUCCAGAAGGUUUGCCAUUGGCUGUCACGCUAACCUUGGCAUACUCUAUGAGAAGAAUGAUGCUCGAUCAAGCGAUGGUCCGCAAACUAUCUGCCUGUGAGACAAUGGGAUCAGCAACCACAAUCUGCACAGACAAAACUGGUACUCUCACCUUAAACCAGAUGCAGGUAACUGAAUUUUUGUUAGGAACAGAAAUGAUUAUGACGACAUCACAGAUAGCACCUGAUGUUGUUGAGUUGUUACAAGAGGCUGCUUGCUUGAAUACUACUGGUGAUGUUUAUACAACACCUUCUGGUCCUCCAGAAAUAUGUGGAGGCCCUACUGAGAAAGCGAUUCUAUCAUGGGCCGUGACCAGUGUACUAGUGAACUUUAAUGAAUUAAAGCAAAAGUAUCGAAUCCUCCAUGUUGAAGUUUUCAAUUCACAAAAGAAAAGAAGUGGGGUACUAGUAGCAAAAAAUAGUACGGGAAAAGUUCAUACACAUUGGAAAGGUGCUGCUGAGAUGAUUCUAGCUAUGUGCUCCACUUAUUAUGUCAAAAGUGGAAUAGUUGCACCUAUAGGUCAUGAAGAAAGAAAAGAACUUGAGUUUAAAAUUGAAUAUAUGGCAAGCAAGAGCUUGCGAUGUAUUGCGUUUGCUUACAAAGAAAGCAAUGCAGAAAGGCAAAUUCUUGAAGAAACUGAACUAACCUUACUGGGUCUGGUGGGUCUGAAGGACCCAUGUAGGCCUGGUGUUAAAGAGGCAGUAGAAUCCUGCAGGGCUGCUGGUGUUAGCAUCAAAAUGAUUACUGGGGACAAUGUGUUUACAGCCAAAUCAAUAGCUUUUGAAUGUGGAAUACUCCAACCAGGUGAAGACUUGAAUAUUGCAGUAAUUGAAGGACCAGCAUUCAGGAAUUAUUCACAAGAAGAGAGAAUGGAGAUUGUCGAAAAAAUACGAGUGAUGGCAAGGUCUUCACCAUUUGACAAGCUUUUGAUGGUUGAAUGCUUGAAGCAGAAAGGCCAUGUUGUAGCGGUUACAGGCGAUGGAACAAAUGAUGCUCCUGCACUAAAAGCAGCAGAUAUUGGACUUUCCAUGGGGAUCCAAGGCACAGAAGUCGCAAAGGAGAGCUCCGAUAUAGUUAUCCUGGACGACAAUUUCAAUACAGUGGUCACAGUCUUGAAGUGGGGUAGGUGCGUGUAUAACAACAUUCAAAAGUUUAUUCAAUUUCAACUCACAGUAAAUGUUGCUGCCCUUGUUAUCAACUUUGUUGCUGCUGCUUCAUCUGGAGAACUCCCUCUGACAGCAGUCCAACUUCUGUGGGUGAAUCUCAUAAUGGAUACUCUGGGGGCAUUAGCUUUGGCAACUGAGCGACCCAGUAGCGAUCUAAUGAAGAAGAAACCAGUUGGACGAACUGAACCUCUGAUAACUAGUGUGAUGUGGAGGAAUCUCCUUGCUCAAGCCUUGUAUCAGGUUACAGUGCUAUUGAUCCUGCAGUUCAAAGGAAGUGCCAUCUUUCAUGUGAAUAAGAAGGUAAAAAACACCUUGAUCUUCAAUACUUUUGUCCUCUGUCAAGUCUUCAACGAAUUCAAUGCAAGGAAUUUGGAGAAGAAAAACAUAUUCCGUGGAAUACUGAAGAACAGACUAUUUGUUGGGAUAGUGGGAGUGACAAUAGCUCUCCAGGUAAUUAUGGUUGAAUUCCUGAGGAGGUUUGCUGAUACUGAAAUGCUGAACUGGAAGCAAUGGGCUGCAUGCAUAGGGAUUUCAUCAUUGUCAUGGCCUAUCGGUUGGAUUAUAAAGUGCAUUCGUGUAUCCAACAAAUGAAAAUUUCGACCACUAAAGUUGCAGCAAAAGACACAAGAAACUUCAAGUAGCUCCUCUUUUUUAUUUUUUUUCGUCCAAUCUUUACAUUAUAAUAGGUUAAAUAGCUUGUCCUCUUUUUUGUUUUUAAAUUUAAGCUUUUCUUUCAUUUCUAA